CGAGAGGGUCUUUCCUCCUUUUUUAUUUUUUCCGCCUUCUUCUUCUCCUUCUUCUACCUUUUGCUUUCUCUUCCCUCCCAAUUUCUCUCUCCUCCUCCUCCAUCUUUCUUCUCCCCUGACCUAAUUCUCUCAAAAUUCACCUCUGAAAAUCCUUUGAAGAUCCUUCUGAGUUUACGGCAGUCUAUCCUCCUCAUCUAUCCAGAUCUCGUAUUGCGCUAGUCUCAUCUCUCUGUCACCAUAAGGUUUUUGCUCAGUACCAUUUUUUCCUUUUUUCUAUCGCGGAGCAAAAGUUUUUUCAAUCAGCAGACAGCAAGCUCAAGCCGAUACCUCUUCAGGUACUGGAGAAUUGUAGAAGAGAAAGGAAGAAGGAAGAUGACUCCGGCUAAUUUGGCGGGGCAGUUUGGUGAUACAACAUACACUAAGGUGUUUGUUGGUGGUUUGGCUUGGGAAACUCAGAAGGACACGAUGAAGAAAUACUUUGAGCAGUUCGGUGAGAUCUUGGAAGCUGUUGUCAUCACUGAUAAGGCCACCGGUAGAUCCAAGGGCUAUGGAUUCGUAACCUUUCGUGAGCCUGAUGCCGCCAUGAGAGCAUGUGUUGAUGCUUCUCCGGUGAUAGAUGGGAGAAGGGCUAACUGCAAUCUUGCUUCUCUGGGUGUUCAAAGAUCCAAACCUUCAACCCCAAAACACGGAGGAGGAGGGAGGAAUGUGAGGGUAAUGGGGUCAUUUCAGACAGGUUUUGGAGGAGUGGGAACGGCAACAGCUUUUGCUUCAGCAGCAACCUUCCCUCAUUAUGCCAUCCAACAAGGCAUUCCUUACAAUCUUUAUGGGUAUUCCCCAUACUCGCCAGACUACAGUUCUUAUGCAGCGGGCUACUACAGCGUGUACGGAGGAACAAGUGGGCAGUACCCAGUAUACGGGACAGGACCAGCAGGGGGACUGAUGACAGGGACAGCAACGGCAGCGUUUUAUCCCUAUCUGCAAUUUGGUGCCGAAGGAAGCGGAGGAGGCGCCACCUAUGCAUCCGGCGGCCAGAGCUACGGCCACGGCCACGGCCACGGCGUGCAGUACCCACACCACCACCUGUUUCAGUACUCUCCUCUCAAUUCAACCACUGCUGGAGGGACUUACUCCUCCCAACACUAUGCCGCCCCCAUCUCUCUCGCUCCUUCACCUGCCCUUCCCUCUGUGUGUUUUGCUGUGCCACAGGCGUGACGGUGGCUCUUCAUGCACCGCCAAUUCCUCAUCGCUAAAAGGGCAAGCUUUUCUCGGCUACUUCGCACUGCAUGCUUCUUCUGCUGCUCCCCUCCGACCAAAAAAAACCAGUCAGUCGCUCUCAGAAAAACCUAUGGCCUAACCAUGGUUCCCUCUUUCUCUCUGUCAUCUCUCAGUCAAAGCGCCCGAGUUCCGGGCAUUUGCACACAUACAAAAAGCCCCCCGUAGGGGCUACGAACUUUCCAAUCUGAGGAAUUGGAAAGCUCAUCAUGGCUGCAUUGCAUACCUUUUUACCUUUUGCAUCUUUUUGAAAAGCAAAGUUGGUUCCUUUAAAGAGAACCAUCAUCAUGAAUCGCCAUCAUCGAGCUGGUUGGAUCAGCUUUUUGUUGGCAAGUGUUUUUUUUCGGUCCCUGAAACUGGCCUCAUUGGAAAAAUGGCCAAGUUUCCUAACCCACCAUCUUGUACACAUUCUCUCUUUGCUCAUCGCCAUUGUUGGGCAAAUUAACUUUUUUCUUUCUUAAUUUAGAUCAGCAGGAACUUUCAGAAAAAAAGGGGGGGUUGCAGAAAAUGUAAAUUCGACAACAUAAAUGGCAAACUCUCCAUGUUUUUGUUUUGAAAAAUGGCUAAUCUCACCUCUAGAUGAAGAGGGCAUUUUAGCAAAAACUAAAUAGGGCAUGGGCUUGCCCCAAAAGUUUCUUUUUGUUUUUUCGUGUAUUAAUUAACAUGUAGCACUCUUUUAGGAAGGUAUAUUUUUGAUAAUUUGAAAAUUGGACCAUAUAUAUAUAGAUGUACUUGUCUGAUGAAACAACCAAAACCAUCUUCUUCUUCCCAUGGGGUUAAGGGGAGAGAUUGAAACCAGGUUUUUUUGGUUUACUAACUUGUAAAUUUCAUUGUGGCCGAACUUUGGGAAGUGUUGGCCUGAAUUCUCAGCAGUCAAAAUUUUAGCUAGGAUCCUAGGAAGGUACUUAGUUUUUUUUUUUUUGUAAGAAGCAUUUUGCAGAGCUCCAUUAAUGGGAUGUGGAGCUGGUCAAAAUCACAUGCAUUUUAACCUUGGGGAGAUAUUUGGGUUCCCUCUGGUUAUUUUCUUCUUUGACCCACCAACCAUGGUUAGGACUUUGGUAAUUUCUCGUCUCUUUCCAUCUCUUUCCCUCUCUUUCUAUCCAUUUUCCCUCUCUUUCUCUCUUCUCUCUCUGUUGUCUCAGUGUGAAGCUUCAGUUGGAGAUGGAGGUUGAUAUAUAUACCGUUUAUGAUGAUGAUCAUAUUAUGUAUAAGCCUGGAUUUGUAAUGGUAGGAUCGUUACUACUAGUACUUUAGACUACCAGAAAGUUCAUUUUUCACAUAUCCAUGCAUAUAUAUAUACAUAUAUGCUGGUUGGGGAAGUGAAUCUAUAUGGUGCUACUUACUAGCUAAGGACGUACUUAUAUGCUCUCUUUUCAUUAAUUUCAGACCGUUAUAAUAUGCUUACUUCUGCUAAAGCUUUGUCCAUGGACGACAAAGCAAAUAUCUUCAUAUCAUGUUCAAAAUUUUGAUGUGGUUAAUUAA